GAGUCAUCUUCAAGGAGAGUUCUGAAAGAAUUGAACCAAGAAGAUUCCACAGGUGUAAAAGCCAACCUAAACAAAGCCAAGGUCAAUGCUUGUACCAAGUGGUGUGUAGUAGAAGGUCUCCUAAAGCAAGAAAUUAAGGUAAUGUGGAAGAGAAUCCAUCUCAUAGGAGGAAAAGCCAUGAUUUCCAACAGUUUUGGCAAAAGGGUACCUUUUGUCUUGGAGCCUUGUGGAAUCACUACGCCAGAGAAUUAUGAAGAUAAUUUCAUAUGCGGUUCCUGUGUCAGGGAAAAUGAAGCAGCUUUGAGGUGGAAUAGCAACUCUAGAAGUGUGCAUUCUUCAACGCCACCACAAGAGGCUGAUAAUAGUGAACUUGUUGUAUCAUGUAGCACACCAAUGUCUUCUAAUCACACUUUGCUAACAAGCUUUUCAAGAAUGGGUUCAGUGAAACGCAAGAGAAUUGAUGACACAAAUAGCUCUGUGAUCAACUCAUCAACCGACUCAGAUCAGAUGGACAAGAAAAGAAGGAAAGAUCAUGUCGUUAGAUCUGGUAGCAGUACUCCAGCUAGUCCUCAAGUUCGUAGAGCAAGGGGUGAACAGCUGAUUCUACCCAGAAACCUCCAGAGACCCUGGCGCCCCAAGAAGACAACAAAAGCUGCACAGUCCUUGGUUAAGGAAGACACAGACUUUGCUAAAAGAGUUGAAGAGAUUAUUAAAAACACGCAGCCAGGUUCAGAAGAGGAAAUGCAGAUGAUCAUGAGCUCCAAAUCCAACAAAAUUAGAAGGUCGCCUACAAAAGAUGUACAACGAUAAAGGCUAAUUAAUGCUUGAGUGAGACAAAUUAAGACUAAUGGAGGUUUAAUUAUACCUGAAACAUAAUUUAAUUGAAAAAGUAACAUGUAGUGUGGAACCUGUUUCAUGAUCAAAAUCCUUGUA